AUGGACGCGACGAUCGGAAAAUUUGUCGACUCCGUGUCCGGCUUCUUCUCCGGCGCUGCAUCCGGCUCCGCCGAUGAGUUCCCCUUGUGCGAUACCGACAUCAUCUCGGGAUGUGAGAAAGAAUAUGCAGAGGCUCAGAAAGGUCAAGACGAAGGGUUUAAGAAGGAAUGCAUCAUGCGACUCUCAUGGGCUCUUGUUCAUUCAAAGACACCAGUGGAUAUACAGCGUGGGAUAGCGAUACUUGAAGCUUCGGUGGUUAGUGAUACAAGUCCAAUGAAACUAAGAGAGAAGCUAUAUCUCCUCGCGAUUGGGUACUAUCGAAGCAGUGACUAUUCACGAAGCCGGGAAAGUAUAGAACGAUGUUUGGAGGUUGAACCAGAGUGGAGACAAGCUCAGACACUGAAAAUGGCUAUCGAGGACCGUAUUGUGAAAGAUGGUGUUAUUGGCGUUGGAAUCGCUGUGACUGCUGUUGGGAUUGUUGCUGGUAUUGCUACAGCCUUAAUACGCAGAUAA